UGAAAGAUUUUUUUUAAGAUUGAAUAGAAAUGGUUUGCCAAAAUGUCCAGAAAAGCCUGAAAGACACUGUUCUCUCUUUGUGGAUUUGGGUAGCAGUGAACUCAGGAAGGACAUCUAUAUCACUGUGCACAUUAUCCGAAUAGGACGAAUGGGAGCUGGAGAAAAGAAAAAUGCCUGCAACGUACAAUAUAGACGGCCUUUUGGCUGUGCAGUCCUCAGUAUUGCAGAUCUGCUGGCAGGAGAUUCAAAGGAUGACCUCGUCUUAAAAGUAUACAUGUGCAACACAGAGAGUGACUGGUAUCAGAUCCAUGAAAAUAUCAUCAAAAAGCUGAAUGCACGUUACAACUUGACAGGCUCCAAUGCAGGUCUGGCAGUUUCUCUUCAAUUGCUUCAUGGAGACAUAGAACAAAUUAGGAGAGAGUAUACAUCGAUGUUUACCCAUGGAGUAUCCAUAACAAGGAAACUAGGUUUUUCCAAUAUUAUCAUGCCUGGUGAAAUGAGGAAUGAUUUAUAUAUCACUGUAGAAAGAGGAGAGUUUGAGAAAGGAGGGAAAAGUGUGGCCAGAAAUGUGGAAGUAACAAUGCAUGUCGUGGAUAGCAGUGGUCAAAUUUUAAAGGAUUUUAUCUCAUUCGGCUCUGGAGAGCCACCAGCCAGCGAGUACCAUUCCUUUGUGCUUUAUCAUAACAAUGGUCCCAGAUGGGCUGAGCUGCUGAAACUUCCUAUUCCUGUGGAUAAAUUCAGAGGAGCACACAUCCGCUGUGAAUUCCGGCACUGUUCCACAAAGGAAAAGGGUGAGAAGAAGCUGUUUGGGUUUUCUUUCAUGCCCCUGAUGCAGGAAAAUGGGAGGACUCUGCCAGAUGGCACCCAUGAACUCAUUGUACACAAGUGUGAAGAAAACACAAACCUUCAGGAUUCUGGUCGCUACCUCAAACUCCCCUUUUCAAAGGGAAUUUUCUUAGGAAACAACAGCCAAGCAGUAAAAACCACUAAAGAGUCCUUCUGGAUUACAUCCUUUCUCUGCUCCACUAAACUCACACAAAAUGGAGAUAUGCUUGACCUUUUGAAAUGGAGAACCCACCCAGACAAAAUUGCAGGUUGCCUCUCAAAAUUAAAAGACAUUGAUGGUUCAGAAAUAGUGAAGUUUCUUCAGGAUACACUAGACACUUUAUUUGGGAUUUUAGAUGAAAACUCUCAAAAAUAUGGAUCAAAAGUAUUUGAUUGUUUGGUUCACAUAAUAAAUUUGCUGCAGGACAGCAAGUUUCACCACUUUAAGCCAGUAAUGGACACUUACAUUGAAAGUCAUUUUGCAGGAGCACUUGCAUACAGAGAUCUUAUAAAAGUGUUAAAGUGGCAUAUUGAUCGGGUCACUGAAGUGGAGCUGCACGAGCACAUACAGGAAGUACUAAAGGCACAGGAAUAUAUCUUUAAAUAUAUAGUUCAAUCUCGAAGGUUAUUCUCUAUUGCCACUGGUGGACAAAAUGAGGAGGAAUUUCGCUGCUGUAUUCAAGAGCUUCUUAUGUCAGUGCGCCUCUUCCUUUCCCAAGAGAGCAAAGGAGCCAGUGCUUUAUCCCAACUACAAGCUGUGUUUCUCAGCUCAUUCCCAUCGGUGUACUCCGAACUUUUGAAACUCUUUGAUGUAAGAGAAGUGGCAAAUUUGGUUCACGAUGCUCUGGGCAGCUUGCCAGCAGUUAUGCAUGGGGAUGAGUCUCUUCAAGCUGUUAAACUGCAGAGUAUUGGAAAAACUGUAGAGAGUCACCUGUACACUAACCCAGAUUCUCGAUAUAUUCUUCUUCCAGUAGUUUUACAUCAUCUCCACAUGCAUUUACAAGAGCAGAAGGACCUUAUAAUGUGUGCACGUAUCCUUAGCAACAUAUUUUGCCUCAUCAAGAAAAACAGCUCAGAAAAAUCUGUCCUGGAAGAAAUUGAUGUGAUUGUAAACAGCCUACUGGAUAUUCUGUUAAGGACCAUACUGGAGAUCACCAGCCGACCACAACCAUCAGGCUCUGCUAUGCGCCUCCAGUUUCAAGAUGUGACUGGAGAAUUUGUCUCUUGUUUGUUGUCACUCUUGCGACAAAUGACUGAUAGACAUUAUCAACAGCUUCUUGAUAGCUUCAACACAAAGGAAGACCUGAGGGAUUUCCUGCUGCAGAUUUUCACUGUAUUUCGGAUACUAAUACGACCAGAGAUGUUUCCAAAAGACUGGACAGUGAUGCGUUUGGUUGCAAACAAUGUGAUCAUUACUACAGUCUUGUACCUUUCGGAUGCCCUUCGUAAAAACUUCUUAAAUGAAAACUUUGAUUACAAGAUUUGGGAUUCCUACUUUUUCCUUGCUGUCAUUUUUAUAAACCAGUUAUGUCUGCAACUGGAGAUGUUCACACCUUCCAAGAAGAAAAAGGUUUUAGAAAAAUACGGUGACAUGCGGGUAACAAUGGGGUGUGAAAUCUUCAGCAUGUGGCAAAAUUUAGGGGAACACAAGCUUCACUUUAUCCCAGCAUUGAUUGGCCCCUUCCUGGAAGUGACCUUGAUCCCUCAGCCAGACCUGAGGAAUGUAAUGAUUCCCAUUUUCCAUGACAUGAUGGACUGGGAGCAAAGGCGAAGUGGCAACUUUAAACAGGUAGAAGCAAAACUGAUUGACAAACUGGACAGCCUAAUGUCUGAAGGUAAAGGUGACGAAACAUACCGAGAGCUCUUCAACA